AUGCCUUCAGGACGUCUUUCCAAGCGGCCUGGUGAUGUGCCUGAGCCCCCCCAGGACAGCUUUCCUGGCGCUUCCAAGGUCAAGCUCCCUCGUCUCGAACGGGGCCCCGAGGAUUUCUCGCAGGUUGUCAAGGACAAAUUGCAAUCCUACACCCGGACUGGUCAGGCGUGCGAUCGCUGCAAGCAAAACCUCGAAUGCUAUGUCACCGAUCGCGUCACCGGGCGUACAGAACGCCGCGGCUAUUUACAACAGCUCGAACGCGAGAAGAAAGACAUGAUGACCCGGCUACGCGACAUGGAGAAGCUGCUCGAAGACAAAGGAGUGCAGAUUCGGCCGUGGCAGUGGACUCCGCCUUACGGAUUGACGACACCAUUCGACCAAGACACUGAUCCAGGCAAGGACCAAUGGACACAAUUCUUUUCUCUUUGGGUCAAGGACUCAAAUCGACAGUCCCAGAAGGCAUCGAAUAACUACUCUGCCGGGCAGCAGUCAAUAUCUGCCUUUCAGAACAUAGAUCCGCGCAAGAUCGAUGCGCGUCUCGGCACUAAUACUGAAAAUGCACCAUUGAGUAGUAUCAAUGGCACUCAACUGUCCAUCCUAGGCACGACGAUUGACAUCACAUCAUUCAACGCCCCAGACGUGGAUGGUCCGCCUAUGGGCUUGCCAAGUAACACGCCACUUUACAACAAGUCCUUGCAAUCUUUUAUCAACUCGGUAUCUAAGGUCAAUCCACCUCUCGACGUCCACUUGCCCGCGCGAGAGGAGGCUUUCAGCUACUCUGAAUGGUUCUUCGUUAUGCUGGGCCCUUUCAUGCCCGUCCUCCAUAAGCCAAGCUUCCUCAGACUGCUAUCGCGGAUAUAUGACGACCAAACGUACAAGCCCUCGACGGCAGAGCUUGCUACUGUGCACAUGGUCUUCGCAAUCAUGUACUACCAAUUCAGCGUACGAGACAGCGAAGAUCCGGACAGAAAAGGCCAGUUAAACGAAUUGUCAAAUCGACACUAUCAUUGGUGCCUGGACAAGACGUGGGAACUGGGCUGUGAUCUAUCUAUUCCUUCUACUCAGGCUCUGGUGCUCAUUCUAACUCACUGCCGCGGCUUUCCAAAACCUGGGCCCGCCUACCUUAUGGCCACUCUGACGUGGACAAGAGCGAUGGAAAUGGACCUUCACCGUGCCUAUUUGGACAAAGACGAACCUACCACCCUCGACAAUGAGAUGCGAAAACGUCUGUGGUGGAGCAUACUAAUGAUAGUUGUCAUACUAUACGGCCGAAUCGGCAAGCCCAUGCCGAUCAGGGCGGAUGAUUUUGACACAGAGCUGCCGAUCUGCAUACCCGACGAGUAUAUCACCGAGAGCGGAAUCACGGAUCCGGAGAAGAUUGGCGAGUGCAAUUGGCUGGUGGGCUACGCCGGCUUCAAAUUGUCCUUCUUGUUCAUGGAGCUGUGGAACAACGUGUAUUCUGUGCGCUUGGAUCCGAACAAAUACAUGGCGUCCGUGCAGCGACUGGAGCAACAGUUCCGAAAGUACAUCCGAGAACUUCCCGAGGAGCUGCAAGUGGACAAGUGCAAGCCGCAGAACCAAAUGCUCGCGUCCUAUCUGGCUGGCUCAAAUCACGAGUUCCUGUUUUGUCUGCGACAUCCCUCUCGGUGCAUCAGCACCGACCCGAGCUUCGUCGCCGAAAAUGGAAGGGUUUCCGAAGACUCUGCGAGAGGAUUGCUGAGAGUCGCAAGUGAGCUGUCACGGCUAAAGUCCCUUGACACGACCUGGUACCAGCUAGCUAUCUACGUGGCGGCGGUUUUCACCAUUGUCGCUGCUCAUUGGGAGAGACGAUUCGACAUGACGCUUACAGACCUCACCAGUCUGAAGGCGGACGUAAAUAUGGGCUUGUCUGUCAUAAUUGAAGUGUCGAAAUACAUUGGUGUUGGUCCGGACUCUCGAUUGAUGCCUCAGAUCACGUCUGUGAUUGACCGUACGGUCGCCUCUAUCGAACGCGAUAUGAGUACCAAACGCAAUAACAGCAGCAGCAACGACGUCAACGGCAGCGUGCACAAUAACGGCACGUCAGGAUCACAAUAUGCAUCACAUCCGCAACACAAUCCCAUCACGGCUGUCAAGCAGGAGGGAUAUAGCCCGUCAGCUCACAGACGACCAUCUCUUCGAUCUAACAGCACCACACCCAAUUCUAUAAUGAGUGGAACGGAACAAAUACCAAUUCAUCGUACGACAGGCAUGACAAAUACCUCCUACUACAACCCGCCGAUGGCCUCGCCGUCUACUGCCUACCCACAGAUGGGAUACACCGAUCUCACACAAUCCACACUCCCCGCACCUUCAACUACUGCCAGCACCAUGCAAUCGUCCUACAUACCACCAGUUACUGAGGAAUCAGCGCACCAUCAAUACCUCUACGCCACAUCAGCAGCAGCAUCAGCGGCAGCAGCCCAGAUGGCCCACAAUACACCCGGAAGCUCGCCGCAAGCAGUAGCAGCAUCACACAACCCAAUGGUCACCUACAACCCACAAUCAGCCACCCCGACUCCGAACCACCAUCAUCAACAACAAGCCACGGCCGGCUGGAUGAACGGCGGCCCGGCGGCGCCCAACGGCAUGAAUGCGGUGCAGCAUGUCACCAACGGUGCAAAUACAUGGUCUGAGUGGACCAACGCCAUCGCGCUAGGCGUGCCGCCGUCUUCUCAGGAUCGCUACAACGCCGGCGCCUUGCUGACACUCGGCAGCGGGCAGCGCGGACCGAAUGAUCCGGGUGGGGGAGGCGGAGGGGGAGGCGACAUGGGCGGCGGCGGAGGCCCACAUGCCGCGGUGCCGGAGGGUCAGUGGUCUAUGAUGAUGACCUACCAUAAUCCAAAUCACGCCGGCGGUUGA